CCGGGUAUAAAACUAGUAUAUUCUUAUCUAAACUUAGUACAAUCAAACAAACACUGGAUUUUAAAUCGGAUUUGCGGUUGUGCCAGUUUCUGAGUAUGUGGCGCGGUGAAUUAUGGGAUAUAACAAACCAGGCAGCCAUCAUAGAAAUGAACGAAUUUGGAAUGAAGAACGACGACUUUAACACCGAUUUGUUCUUCUCCCAGCUACAGUUAGAUGAAAAUUCAUAUUAUCCAGACCAAGGAUUCUCCUUCCUGAAUCUAGAGGAUCUCCAUGAGCUAACAGAAUCUUUAGAACAGGUCAAACGUGACAGGUCCCCUCAUCAGACAUCACGUUCCAAUUCACGCACGUCCUCCCCGACUCCGAGUACACCUAGAAACACCCCUUACAGUUCUAAGCACAGCUCAAAAUAUACCACACCCUAUGGCUCAAAGCCUAGCUCUAAACCGUCCACUCCAUAUGGGUCGAAACCCCAUACGCCAUAUAACAGUGAGCCUGUAACACCAUAUAGUAGCAGCCCACCAAAAUGGCCAGUUGUCCCACAGCCAGUGUCUCAGUUUAAUUACAGCAUUGAUACCUCAUCAUCUCCAAGAAGUUCAUUUGCUGUGAACGAUGGCAAGAACAAUACAGUGAGUUGGUCGAUUGAGACUGAAACUCAAAAUAAACCGAAGUCACAACAUGGCUCUAGAUCUAGCUCCAGACCUAGCUCCAGACCAAGGUCACGUACAACUAGUGCAACAGCUUCGCCAAGUAGUUCUUACGUUCCCUCCCCAAAGUCUCCCAAAUCUCCCAAAUCUCCAGUGUCAUCAUCAACAGCUUCUACAUUAUUAAUUUCUGGAGCAUCUGUUCAGUCUGCCAAUACAUCGACAGGAUUUGCUGCACCCAACAAUGGAUUGCGUUCACCCAACAAUGGCCUGGCUUCACCUAACAAUGGUCUUGCUUCACCCAACAAUGGUCUUGCUUCACCCAACAAUGGCCCUGCAGCAUCCACAAAUAGCAAGAUCCCAAGACAUAAACGCGAAUCUCAUAUUAAUGCUGAGCUAAGGCGAAGAGGCAAAAUUAAGAAUGGAUUCGACGAACUAACUCAGCUUGUUCCAAGUAUACAGAAUGAGAGCGGCAAAGACAGCAAGUCUACCAUGUUGCUGAAAACCGCUAAAUAUGCACGGCAACUGAAAACUGAAAACUUGGAUCUCCAAAAGGAGGCCGCCUCCCUCAAGCUAGAGAUUCAGGAAUUGAACCAUGAUGUAAGCACUUUCCAAGAACAAUUACCUGAUGUGGGCUUAGACAACCAGGAGCCGGAACCAAUGAAAGAGGACACGUUAACAUCGAAAAAGGAAGCUGUUACCCUUGAGAAAAUGUUUGAUGAUUACGUCAGAGCUCGAACUUUUCAAAAUUGGAAAUUUUGGAUUUUUGGUAUCAUAGCACGGCCAAUGUUUGAAACAUAUAAUCAGAAUGUGGUUACUACAAGCAUGGAGGAAUUCUGCAGUAGCACACUAACCUGGCUCCAACAGCAUUGUUCCCUUAUUUCACUUAGGCCAAUUAUACUUAGCGCAGUACGAAAUCUAAGUAAGCACACCUCAGUCAUGUCCAAUCCGGAAAAGCUCAAAGAUGAAGCCAUUAACGCUGCCAUAGAUGAAACUACUCCAAUUGGACAGUUUAAGUCAUGAUAAAGCUGUUAGGUGCUUCCUGGUAUAUAUGUGCUUUUAAAU